AUGCCUGUCUACCGCACGAAGAAGGCCAAGCAGGCCGCCGCGGCCAAGGCCAAGGUCGCCCAACGCGGCUCGCAAGUCUCUACCGCCAAGGCCAACCCGGCGCGUCGCCCAACCCGCUCAACCACACCGCGUAGAGCGUCGCCCACCUUGGACAAGGUGGAAGAUGCGGCCCCGUCAACCGAGGACGAGGAGAUGCUGGAGGAAGAGGAGGAAGCCGAGGAGGAGGAGGAGGAGGAGGAAGAGGAGGAGGAGGAGAAGGCCGAGACGGCGGUGAAGGCGGAGAAGGCGGUGAAAGCGGAGAAGGCGGAGAAGGCGGAGAAGGCGGAGACGGCGGUGAAGGCGAAGAAGGCGGUGAAGGCGGAGAAGGAGGUGGAGGAGGAGCAGCUCACGCCCGCCGAGGCCGUGGCGAGGCGCGAGGCCAAGAAGGCAGCCGCUGCCCGUGCCAAGGCCGUUGCUGCCGGCAAGCUCAGGGAGUACGAGGCGAAACUCAAGAAGGAGGAGGAGGUGCAAAAGAAGGAGGACGCGCGGUACCGCAAGGAAGCGCUCGUUCACCGCCGCCCAUCGACGCGCUGGGCGAUGCAGCGUAGCGACGAAGACGACAAGGUCGAUGCAGGCAAGCUCAAGAAGCGAGACGCCGAGCUCGCCGACCGCUGGCCCGACCGUUUCCUCGCGCCCCUCGAGCUCAUCCUCCGCAAGUACGAGCGCGAGGUGGAGGCCGCCGCCGAGAUCAAGAACGACGGCAAGUGCAUCGCCGCCAUCCGUCGGGCGGUGAAGAAGGUCGUCGUGGCGAUCAACGACCUCGACUCCGGGCACAAGUACCCCUGGGUCCGCGAGCAGGAGCGCGAGGCACUCCUCGAGUACGUCGAGGAGGUCGUUCAGGACGCCGGUGUCAAGCCGAAGGACGCGAGUGUCAUGGAGCUGGUGGAGCAGUGGCGCGAGUGGUAG